CCCAUAAUUAGUGAAGAUCGUGGAAGUGAUAGUUAGGCCGUCUAUUAGCAGAAGGGUGUCAAGCAUCAACUAUGGGUCUGUACCCUGUGCUUUGCAUUUUCUUUGCAGUUAAUAAUGCGCAUCUUCUUCUUCUCUGCAAAUCCGCCGAUAUUAGCUGUCCAAAUCUUUGCUGCUAUUAAUCAUUACUCCAUUUUUCUUUAUGUUUACAUCCUCAAAUGGCUGCUCUGUAUAAUCAUUUAAGUUAAUCUUCCUACUUCUCCUGGAGUCUUGAAAUGCUAUAAAAGUGCUCAUUAUUCCUCAAUAUAUUUACUUCAUUAAGUUUUCUAGUGCUUCAUCUCAUUUACGCAUUAGGACUAUUUUGUGUAAUUUGGACUACUUAAAUAAAACUUCAAAUGUCUCCUCCUUUCACUAACAAGUAUCCCUGUUUGAUGUUAAUGGUGAUACUCUGCAUCUUUCUCUUCCCAUUGGAAGCACAAUCCUCAGACUACUGUUUCUCGCUUAGUGGAUGCGCACAUGGAAAACCCGCCAUGCAACAACACAUGAUUCAGAACAGAAAGGUGCUUUACAGCUUGAAGGAGAAAGAGACAGUUACCAUUACCGUAAAUGGAAAACCAAUAAGCCGAGAUGAUGUGGAAUUAAGAGAAGCACCUAUGAGUCCAGACCCUUUGCACCAUAGUGGGGGUAAACCUAGGAAUAAACCUCAGAUUAUGCCAUAGCUAUCUAUAAUAUAAUAUUUACUUUUGCAAAUCGGCUUGUUCAGUUUUCUCUUUUUUGCUUUCUUUUUAUCGGGGUAUCACCUUCCAAAGGUUAUAGUUCUAACUUAAAUAUAACUUAGGAUUUUUGUGAUGUAAAAUGCUGCACUUUGUUAAUUUCUCUUUUCUUAGAAUCUCGUCUAUGCAAAUGGAAUCAUUUCAAUCAUU